GCUUCCUCAAGUACAUGUAUAUAGGCAACACAUCAACUAGGUUCUUACAUUUUAAACCAAAAAGCUUGACUUGUUUUAAAUCGAAAGAUGGCUCUCGCAAAUCUCACAUUGUCUGUUAUAAGGCCACCGAUGGAAUUUGAGACAUUGCUGGAUGUGAUUUCAGGAAUAAUCCUGCUGAUUGUUAUCAUAACAGGUAUAAUGAAUUUGACUAUAAUUAUCAUUCAUUACAAAGCUAGGCCUUAUUCAGCUUAUAAUCUGUUGAUUAUGGGCCUUGUAGCUGUUGACACAAUGGAUGCAUUGAUACUAUCGCCAUUAUGGUUGGCGACCCUCACAAAUCGGGACGGAAUGAUGACUCCAUCCGUUUGUACUAUAAGCAUUGUACUAAGCACGUUUACGUUCUUGGGACAUCAUAUCUUGAUUCCAACUAUCGCCUGCAUGCGCCUUAUGAAAGGUCUGUACAUUUCUUUGAAUCCACGCACAUUGAAGAUCUUUUCGUACGCUGGCCUUUUGAACUGUCUUAUGAUCAGCACUUGUGGCAGUAUCAUCCGCCUGUUUGUCAAAACAACCUUCACUGAUCAGCUCAGACCGAUGUCCAUGUCCUGUACAUUCCUUGGAGGCUGGAAUGAUGCUGAAAAUGGUAACUCUGUCGGAUGGGUUGGGCUGUUUGUCUUUACUUUACUUAGUUGUAUCAUAACAAUAACAUUGUACAUUGUGUUAGCUAAAAGACUGCGACAGCAACAAAAAGUAUCAGUUGCGACAUCCUCUAGGAGUUCAUACUUCUCUUAUGCUAAAUCUAUGAAGUCGGGAAUGAGAGCAGUCAUUAUGUUCAUAUUUGCAUAUCUUCCGAUUUAUCUUCUUCCCUGGAUCACUCAUUUUGGUUUGAGUGUCCUUAUUACAUCACGAACAAUCACUUCGUUGCUCGUUUCCAUCACACUUCUUAUAGUACCUAUGAAUGCGGCCAUUUAUGUGUGGAAAACACCCCUUCGUUCUGGACUAACCAAUCAUUUCCCCAGAAAGCUGCAAUCUGCUCUUCAAGUAUUGGUAUAUCGAAAUCAUAACGACGCCGAAAGACAAACUCGUCAAGGUAAUGCAGCUGAAGUGAACAGUUUCAAUGCAAUAAGCAGUAAACCUUGUAGAAUCAAUGAGAAACGUUUACAAUUCAAGAAAUCAUUAAGCUUAUCCGAAUCUCUCCCUCCUCUCAUUCAUGAAGCCCAUCAAAAGUCGAAUACAGAAGUUCGCAUCGAUAUAAAUGAGGGAAUGAGCGAUGAUGCUGUUAACCUUAACGAGAUAAGAAUGGAAGAACUCGGUGCUAAAGACAAUCGUGCACAAGUAAGACCAAUAAAUAAUACAGUGUUACAAAGAGAAACUCUUAAAAAGGUAAAACAAGAGAGACAUAAGAUGGCCCCGACAUUAAUGUUAGUCAAAGAGUGUGGGGAUGAGUUGAAUACACCAAGCACGGGUGAUAGAUGCUCUGAUAACAGUUCCAUGCAUGGGUCAUCAGAAUCUGGCAAGGCCACCACUCAUUUGCCAAGUGUUCCAAGUAUUAGUGCAUCUGUUCAAGAGAAUGAAAAAUUUAAAACACAAAGUAGUAUUAGCUCGUACGUCUGUCCUGUCCCAGAGUCUGAGGACGAUAGCUCAAAAGGUACACUAUGCUCAAGUCCUACGUGGAGCUCAUCAGCCAAGCGUGUCGUUCAUUGCGGAGAUCCCACACCCUCAGAACAGGUCGGUGAUGGUGUCUUGGCUAGUUGUCCAGAAGAAUUUACAAGCACAUCCUUGGAAGGCCUUUCUGUUACAAGAGACAUGGUUACUAUGGACAAUACAUGUACCAAAACAAGAAAUCAAUGCCAAUCAAAUAUUAAUGCGAGAUCUGCUCAAAUCGUUUCAAGUAAACCGAAAAUAAAAGCACAGAGGGUCAAUUUCUUUCCGCAAACAAAAAUCUCACAUUUUCCAAUGGAAUCAUCUCAAUACAAGUCAGUUCUUCAAAUGGUUUAUAACAAUUAGUUCUGACCUCUUUCGGUGAACAAAAUAAAUUAUCGCAUAAUGGCUUUAUAUAUAAUGUUAUACAUGUAUUUUGAAGGCUGUAAUUUAGCGAUUAGGUUAUCCUUUCGGGAGUGAAACAGUAAUCAUGUCGUCAUAGCAGAAAGGUUUCAUGAUAAAGAUAUACGUGUGAUGUUGUUUUAAAAAAGUUGUUAGCAGGAUUGUCUCGUUGAACUGUUGAAAGUAUCUAUGAAGUAUCUGUAAGCCAAAAUGUAAUAAAAUGUACCUUGUAAACAAUCGAAAUCAAUAUUAUCAAUAAAUGGGAUGAAAUCAAAA